AUGGUGCGAGGACAGGCCAGAACCCCUAAGGGUACAGCUCAGUGGUUUGGAGUGGGCAGUGGUGGUGAAUCCAAGCAGCAGGAAUGGCACAGGAAGAGUCUCCGGCACUGCAGUCAGAGAUAUGGCAAACUGAAGCCCCAGUAUUGUGAGCAGAAUGAGGCAGCCAGCCUGGACUAUGGCCUGGAGUCACCUGUGGCCCCCAGAAUGCCAAAGAUUGUGGAUCCUUUGGCUCGUGGGCGGCAGUUCCGCUAUGAAGAGUCUGAGCGACCACGGACACCCCAUACAGCAUAUUCUCCUUGGACCCCAGGUGUGACCUCUCUCUGCUCAUUCACCAGCCAGCGCUCGGGUUACACACGCUUGCCGAGGAGAAAAAGAGAAUCUGUGGCCCGAAUGAGCCUCCGUGCUGCGUCUAACCUUCUUAAGGGUCGACAGGGUCUACAGGGCACUCAAACUGGACGUGGAUAUCAGAGGAGGAGUUUUGCUCGUCACAGCUGGCUCGAGGAAGACACUGUGGAUACAGUGGACACCUCUGAUUCAGUUUUUUUUAGCAAAGCUGAUGUUCAUGAGGAGCUUUAUUCUAUGGCAGAUGAUGUUUUUGAGUCACCCCCUUUAUCAGCCUCUUGUCCUGUGGCAAAAGUUUCUUUGGGCGAGGGAAUAUUAUUCCCUAGUUUAGGAAAAAAGAAAAUCCCCAAAACUGUGACAUCCUCUAGGAAAGCCUCUUCUCAUCGUGGUGGUCGAAUUGCCUCCAAAGUGAAGCACUUUGCGUUUGAUAAGCAGAAGCGUCAGUAUGGGAUGGGUGUGGUGGGGAAGUGGCUGAACCGACACUAUAGAGGCAGCCUCAGCAGCCAAGUACAGAAACAACUAGAAGAUUUUCACAGUCAUCGGCCAUAUUUUACCUACUGGAUCACCUUCGUGCAUAUUGUCAUAACACUGCUGGCCUGCAUUACAUAUGGAUUUGCUCCUGUGGGCUUUGCCCAGCACACCACUACUCAGCUGGUACUGAGAAACAAAGGAAUUUAUGAGAGUGUAAAGCAUGUGCAGCAGGAGAACUUCUGGAUUGGUCCUUGCUCUGAGGAUCUAAUCCACUUGGGAGCUAAGUUCUCCCCAUGCAUCAGACGAGACAGUCAAAUAGUGAAGCUAGCAGAGCAGACCAAAGAUCUAGAGAGAGAGUCCGGCUGCUGUGUACAGAACGAUGGAUCUGGAUGUGUGCAGACCCAGAAUGACGACUGCUCGGAGACUUUAGCAACAUUUAUAAAAUGGAAUGUAGACAUGCCAAGAUCUUCAGGUGCAGUCUGUCAUCAGGACCCAAGAACGUGUGAGGAACCAGCCUCAUCAGGACCCCAUGUUUGGCCUGAUGACAUUGCAGAGUGGCCGAUUUGUACAUACCCUAAAACUUGGAACCACACAGGAUACAAACACAUGGACUGCACACUGAAGGGCAGGCCAUGCUGUAUUGGAACUAAAGGAAGAUGUGAAAUUACCACUUGGGAGUACUGCCAAUUCAUGCGUGGAUAUUUCCAUGAGGAGGCCACGCUCUGUUCACAGGUCCAUUGCCUGGAUGAUGUGUGUGGGUUGCUGCCAUUCCUGAACCCCAGUGUCCCAGAUCAGUUCUAUAGACUGUGGCUCUCCCUUUUUCUUCAUGCUGGUUUACUACAUUGCCUGGUGUCUGUGAUCUUCCAAAUGACUAUACUUAGAGACCUGGAGAAGCUAGCAGGCUGGUUACGCAUUUCCAUCAUCUACAUUCUCAGUGGUGUUACAGGAAACCUUGCCAGUGCCCUCUUCCUACCGUACAGAGCAGAGGUUGGUCCAGCAGGAUCUCAGUUCGGUUUGUUAGCCUGUCUUUUUGUGGAGCUGUUCCAGGCCUGGCAGAUGUUGGAAAAGCCAUGGAAGGCUUUCCUGAAGCUAUUAGGCAUUGUUCUCUUCCUUUUCUUCUGUGGCCUUCUGCCCUGGAUUGACAACAUUGCUCACAUCUUUGGCUUCCUCAGUGGUCUUCUGCUUUCCUUUACUUUCCUUCCGUAUGUCGCGUUUGGCACCUUAGACAAGUACCGAAAACAAGCUGUUAUUUUGUUGUCAUUGCUUGUCUAUGUGGGGUUGGUGUCCUCACUUAUUGUCUGGUUCUACAUUUACCCCAUAAACUGGCACUGGCUAGAGCAUCUUACCUGCUUGCCCUUUACCAGCAAGUUUUGUGAACGCUAUGAUAUUGAUCAUGUGGUACACUAGCUUUGUUCUUGUGUAGACUAAAACUUUCAAGGACUGCAAGGUAAAGAAAGCUAAAUCCCAAUGAAAAAAUAAAAUCGAGGAAGACAGCAAAUAAUGGCAUAUUAAAUUGGUAGUUUAGCACCUUUGUAACCGCUAGAAUGCACAGUGUUUUCCCGAAGCAGCUCUGAUUUUCUCUUAUAGUGUGCAGGUAAACUAUGAUGUGUUGUUACUGAAGCCUGUAUUGUACUCUUUUACAAAUAUAUGAGACUAAAUGUUCAUCCAAAGCUUUAUACUCCCUUUUAAAUGUCCUUAAACUUUAAAAAAUAUGCAACUGUUAACUUCACAAUAACAAUAAUAAUAAAAAAAAAAAAAAAACAUUCACAUAAAGGUUAAUUCCCUGUUACUUUAGUUUGUGUUUGCCGAAAGAACUGCAGAGCAAUUAAAUAAACGGUAGAGUAAUUUCACUGAACUGGCUAUAAAUAAUAAGGUUUUAUGUUGAAAUCUCAGUGACAUUCAAAAUACUUUAUUCUUCAUUUGUUUUUUGUGCCUCAGACAACUGAAAACCUCUGUCUAGGCUAGAAAUGUCUAGUUCCACAUUUAUGAACACACUAGGGGUUUGAAUGUUGAUAACUCUAGCUUCCUGUAUGUGUUCAUGGAUGCAAGCAUGCGUUUGAAUUGAACAAGGGGAGCUGUUGUUGACAACCAGCUAUUAAUGUUUAUUGAUGCACUGCAUGCAUAAAAUUGUGUGCAUUCCCUUGGAACAGAAUGUAUUGUUUUGGUCUUUUGUCUCCAUUUAUUGUAAUUUCAAAGUUAAAUUCAGCUGCUGUUCUUUUUGAUAUUCAGUGCAUCAUUGUUUACUGGGGGCUGCACUUGAGCCUUAAAAGAAAACAGAAGUGUCAAUCUUACAAUCUGGAACGUGUUUUAUGUUGAAGGUAUUUGUACACAUGAUUAGAGGUGGACCAAAUAACUAGUGUUUCAAAUAAUAAUACAAAUUAAUUUGGGAAUGUUAUUUCCUGUGAAACAAAUGUUUAUAUUUUUGUCUUUCACAA